AUGAGCGAGUCCCUUGGGACCUCUCCCCCCAGUCCUGAGCCAGGCCCAAGUACGCCACAACAACAUCAGUCGACGCCACACCUCAGGGUACAACAUUUGAGUCCCCCCACAUCUUAUUCCCUGACAGCCACAGAUCUACGUCAGGAGUCCGAUGAUGCUGUGACUUGCAUUGUAUGCCUCAGCGACCUUCCACAGGACUCUAUCCCUGUUACUGGAGAGUACGAUCCUGUGGCUAGAUUGGUUCCUUGCAAUCAUGCCAUGCAUAACAGCUGUCUGGUACCUUGGAUGGAGAGGGCCAAUAGUUGCCCUAUCUGCCGCGCAACUUUUAAUGAGGUCUCGGUUUCAGCCACACUUUCUGGUCAUAUUCUCGAAACUUACCCGGUUGAAGAUAGAAUACAGGUCACCGAGUACGAGAGUCAGACUUUGAAUCACGACGAGGAAGACGAGGAAGUAGAGGGGGCAUGUGAAGUUUGCAUCCGUGAUAACAACGAAGACGUCCUCUUGGUUUGUGAUGACUGCAGCAGAUCUUAUCACACUUACUGCCUCGGGCUCGAUGCUAUCCCUCAGCAAAACAGCUGGUACUGCUCAAGAUGUUCCGAGAGGCACAUAGCGGCUCAGCUCGCUGGCUUUCAACGCUCCGGAAGGAGGAGAGGUGUGAGGACUGUCGGUGAAAUUCGCCGUGUGCGACGGCAAGACCAGCGUGAUAUGGCAUCGCGUGAAGACCGAGCUUGGCAAAACGCCUGGCAGCGUUUAGACUCAGACCUUGGGGAGCGUGCAUUGUCGGCUGCCGUGGCCGCCGAGCAACGCAUAACAAAUCAGCGCGAUGCCCAAGUGGAACGUAUGAUACGUCGGCGUGAGCGUGGAUGA